ACGGUCGUUCCCAUUGCCGUUGUCUCUCGACGACACAAUGUACACAGAUAACGCCCUGCCACGACAACCACGAACUCCUCCGCCAUGAAUACCUCUUUAACAUCGCUAGUGAUACUGUGCACGGUGUGUCUAUGUGUGGAGGGAACGCUGAAGACCAUCAAGGGUCAGCUGGUGAACGUGGUGGACAACUGUGACCCCGCUGAUCCAAACUCGUGUGGGGCGGGCAAAUGCUGCGUCAAGGAGGGAAUGGCUUACAUACCUGAGGCCACUGGCCCUAAACCUGCAUACGUCAUCCGAUGCCAGGCUCUGGGUACCGCGGGACGGAUGUGUUUCCUCAGCAUGAACUCGCACGAGACUUGUCCCUGUGCCAGCGGCCUCACGUGCAAGGCUGGAGUACUGGGCUUCUUUGGCCACUGUUCGUAAACAUAUCGGCAAAUAAACGUUGCUUACGUA